AUGUCGACUCACAAAGCCACCGGCGUCACAAUUGACGAGUAUCAACUCCCAAGAGGCCGCAAUGCUGCAGGAGCACUCUUGACCACGGCCCUUCUGGUACUGUCAGCUAACAGGAGGUUCGUCGAACCACGAUCGUUGCUCCACGAUCAGGUCCUAGCCAGAAACGCCAAAGUCCACAAACACAGACACCGAGGUCAAGACAUCCUCUUCUACACCCUGUAUGGAUUGAGCGGCAUACAGACUCUGUGGUUCGCCUUGACGAAAGCCAGGCAGCACAACCUCCAGCAAUUCAGCGUUGCGUGGUUUCAAUGGCUUAUCACCAUCUUCCUUGGAGGGACUUUCGCUCAGAAGCACUGGGAUGAAGUGGUUGAAAAGAAGGAGUUGAAGACAAUCAAGGAGAUCUAG